AUGCAACGACAGUGGAGACAAUUCAUGUUGGAAUACCUUUCAUUUCUUUCAAAGACGCGAGUGGAAGGGAUUCAUAAGUUGGAUCCGCCGGAGGCUGUGGGGGAUUACCUUGGAGUUGUGGUUGUAGAUUUGUGCGAAUAUGUCCUCGGCGCACCGCCCUGCGACGCCGAUCAAUUCUUGAUGACCUUAAGUCGGUCAUGUAGUGAGAGUAGCAGAUCUCAUCCGGUGAAUGUAUGCUACUCGGCGGAAAAAAAGGUGCACCAGCCAGCGAAAGUCAUCGACGCACUUUCGGCCAGACGAAGUCGUCUGCUGAGCAGACGUUCAGCGAGAAGAGGCCCGUGUAAUGCGCAUGCCCGUGGCCGUAAAGAUCCUUCAGAGAUUAGGGAGGCACGAGCUUACAGGGCGACAGUUUCACCACGUGAGGUGGGCCAAAAAUGUAGCAAAUACGAAAUGCAAUCGUGCUUCGCCAGAUCUCGAGACAACAAUGUCAUGACCUGGCGAACACUGGCAUCACAACUCACCACAUGA